CGCAGUCGGUUGCUAGGUGUGAAUGAACUGAUGCUUUCUCACAAUUAAGCUGCUGCUCAGUUUACAGGUCGUCCACAACAAAGCAACAACUCGUCCUUGUUUGUGCCGCACCGGACAUUCAGAGCUAAAAAAAAAAAACAUGGCUCUUUGAACUCGUUAAGUAUUUUGGACCCGGAAAGAAGUCGUGCUUUGCUUUAGCAACGCACCUCCAAGAGCUCAACAUAUUUCUCUGCAAUAAUGGAGUUUCAUUAUGCUCACCCUGCCCCGCUCUCUGUGGCCCAUCUGUCAUAUCCCACUUGCGCUCAUCAUAUGCUCGGACUUGGACUGAAUCAAAGCCUCAGCAGACAAAAUGAUGGCAACAUCAGCUCCUGUUUGGAAGAGUCUUCGUGUCUGCCCGGCAGACCCCCUCGCUCUCUCUCACCCACAGGCUAACCACAGCCAAUCACAGGGGUGCAGGGGGGAGGUGUCAGAGGAGAGUCAGCACUUAAUUGGUGAUGGUCUCACUGACUGGAUGACGGAAGAAGUGGAUUUCUCCUCGUACCUCCCAAACCCUCCUUCCCCUCCCUCCUCCACCAAUGCCUCCCUUCCCCCUUCACCCCUUCACAAUGAUAUCCAGGUGCCCUCUGACUUGGAGGUCAUGACCUCUCUGCUGCAAGAGGAACUCGCCCAACUGGAGGACUACUUCCUGUCUGAACCACUGCCGGAGAAAGGGCCGAGGUUGGGAAAAUGCGACAGGGGUCCACUGCCGACGGGUCCUCAGCCGUUCACUCAGCUGCCAUACGCAUCAUACUCAUCAUCCAGCCAAUCGGAAUCCAGCCCACUCCUUGUUACCCUGGCAACCGGGGAACUGGACCUGCUGAGCAUCUGUGGCGGGUCCAUUGGGCGAUCCAAAAUCCCACGACACGCCCCAUACAGCUGCAGUCGCCCCACUGGGUGUGGUAGGAAACGAGUUUCUGACGGUGUGAGGUUCAGUGAGAGCUACGAUAACAGUUUGUUGAGUUCCAAAGGAAUUAACUCAGGUAACUCAGCGGUGACCCUUACAGGUAGCUACGGCUGUGUAGAGGACGAGCAGCUGGUAGGGAAGAGCUACUGUCUGGGUAGUGCAGUCGAGGUCAGGCGAUGUGCCGUUCUACCAAAAGAAGACAAAAACUGCUGUUUCAGUCAAGAUGUCAUAGGUGGUGCAAAGGUUGUCGGUGGUGGUUUUGGCUUUGGUGGAUCACUUGAUGUCCAACAUAAGAAAGAGGAUCUGCUGAUGUACAGCAUGAGGGAGGUCAGCGGAGGCACUGCUAACAACGAGGUGCUGAAUAGUAUCAAAGCUAGCGUGGAGGUGACAAAAGCUAGUGUUUCUUGGAAAUCAGAGAGCGGUGAUGGUUGUUUUAUUCCAGGAGCACCACAGUCUGAGGCCUAUCACAGCUUCUUAGGCAACGUCAACGAGCAGGUGAAGUCAGAGAGUCUGCAGGUAGCAGCACAGCAUGAUUUGCACUGUAACUUCCUGGAGGAUCAGGGUCCAGAGUGUCUUUUAAUGGCGAGGGAGAGUCUGAACCUGGAGACAUUAGGGCACAGACAGGCAUGCAGGCUGAAAGAAGACCACUGUGCUGUGAAGUACGAAGUGGACAUGGUGCCAGCUGAAGGCGGCGAGCGCAAACAGAAGAAGAGAGAUCAGAACAAAACUGCUGCUCACAGGUAUCGCCAGCGAAAAAGGGCGGAGCUUGACACGUUGGAGGAACAGUUGCACUGCCUUGAAGGGAGGAACCGGGAGCUCCGGGACAAGGCAGAGUCCGUAGAACGUGAAAUCCAAUAUGUCAAAGACCUGCUGAUUGAAGUUUACAAGGCCCGCAGUCAAAGGCUAAAGCAGGACUCAUCAGCUUAACACCAAACUCCUGCAAGUACAUGAACAGCAGGCGAACAGGGAAAACGUUUGUGUCUUUAUGAUUGUCCAAAAUAGAAUGUUGAAUUUCUUUUAUAAUUUCACGACAGGUUGGAUAAAUGCAUGCUUGACUAAUGUGAAUUAUUUUUACAUUUUAAAUCAACACUCUUAUCCAAUGCUUCCAUUGCUUCCGCAACUCUAAUCACUUGAGCCUGCAUUGUGGCAUUGCAAUGUUUUAAAUGACAAUCAUUUUCAAUACAACUCGCACUGCGUGAAUCUACUGAUUUAGAUAGGGUUAUUUCUUAUGAAGUAAUGUUAUUUAUAACACAGUUUUAAUGUUUUAAUAGCCUUACAUUGGAAUUGAUGUCAGCAAUAGAAGUUUUUUAUUUUUUAUUUUUAAAUUGUAUUUACAACACUGUAUCAUCCUGUUCAAAAGCUUAAGUCUGGUUUGUUGUUGCUGUUAUCAUGUUACACAGCAUCACUUCUUCUUAAAUUACAGUUUCAAACCAAACCCUCGAAAUAGCAAACGAUAUUUCAAAUGAUUUGAAUUUUAGUCAAAGUAAAGACAAUUAAAAUCUUAGAAAUAGCCGCUGAAAUCCAGAGGAGCAAAGUGUAGCGCGCCAUUGUUUUAACAUUGACGAUACAAACUUCAGGACAAAAGCAUGCAGCUCAUGUUUUACUUUUAUUUUCUUUCUUUUUUUCCACAAGUUCAAUCAUUUACCUUUACCUUUGGUACAAACAGUACUCUGUUUGCAUUAGUUUUAUAUUCCCAAAUAUUUUCAUUACUCACCUGUGUUGGCCCGGCAGUGAUUGAAAAUAUUUAUAAAAUGUAAUAUUCUCUGACUCAAAGAGAACAAAUUUAUUACUUGCACUUUUUUGAAGGUGGACACUGAUGCUUUUUUUUUUUUUUUUUUUGUGGCAAUUUGUUUAUUUAAUUCAUACAGCAAAUUAUAAAAUCUACUUUGCAGCUCAGGAUAUGCAGUUUGUCCUUCAGUGCUACACAUUUCAGCUGAGGAUUCAUGGCAGGACACUACAGACUUCUGCUCUUCAUUUGAUUCCCCUGCUGUGGGUUUCCCUGAUGUAAAAACACGUUUUCUUCUGUACAAACAUUGUAACUAUAGUGGAGAUUUAGCACGCUCCCUCUGCAUGUUUUUCUCACUCUCUUGGAAUAGAAAAUGUAGGAUUUCAGAACAAGUCGGGGACUCUUUAUCUAAACUGCUUGUUAAAGCAAUAAGUUUUCUAGGCCUCUGGCUGAUCUGCACUAAUUUGUAACAACUUUUGUAUGUUCAGGGAGUGGAGUGUGUUCGCCUUUUCUUUGUAGGAAUUUACCUAAAAAAAUCUCAUUAGAUUAUUUGUGAAGGCUUUUGCAGUGUUAGCUUUGGUGUAAAAUGAUAAUGUCGGAAUUGAUUUUAGUUUUUUUUUGCCAAGCAAACAACCACAUGUACUGUUCCACAUGCCUAUACUGAGGGUAGAUUUAUUUCUAUGCAUAUUUAUUUUAAGACAAUCUUGGAUAAAAGCGUUGACUGACUGAUAUUUAUUAUGUCUGUUCAGUUUGAAGAAAACAAAAUCGUGUCACAUUGUUUGAGCCCUCUGCGGUGUACUAUCAGCUGCGAUUGUGAAAAACCAAAAAUGUGAAUUGAAAGCACAUAAUUAACGCUGUGUAAUUUUAUUUUCAUUUCACCGAAAAAUGCACAUUUCCUCUGUGUGACUGCAACUUCUUUUUCCACAUUAAAAAUAAAGAGUCGUAACUCAG